AUGACGACAACAAGGGAAGGAAUGCUAAGUGAAUUAGAUUUCAGUAGUGAAGCCUUUAAGGAGAAGGGAUAUUCUAUUGAUAUAAUUAAAGAUAUAACAACCUAUGUAGCAAAAGAAUGGGGACGGAAAUAUCCUCCUUUGUUGGGUACAGGUCUAGAAAAUAAAAAUGGGGUAUCCAAGAAGAAGAAUAAUAGCAUGAGAAUGGGAAACAUGGAUGAUAAAUAUAACAAAGCAUGUAUUUUGAAAUAUGGUGCACAAAGAGUUCCAAAUGAAGGAAGCCUGACAGCUGUUAAAGAACCUGUAGUGCAAAGGAAAGAAGUUGAAGGAGUACAGACACAGGUUUUUUCCAACCUGCCACUGCCUUACCAACAGAACAGGAAGCGAUCCGUAGAAGGCCUGGAGAAUCGAUCAUGGAACAAACGGAGGUUUUUAUGUGUUGUCAUCUCUGCAAUUCAGAUAAGUCAUGGAGCAUCAGUUUCUUCUCUCAGCAAUAAGAUUGAAUUCCCUUCCUUUCUGCGGUCUGUCUCAAAUUUCAACUUUUUGUCUCUGGGGAAUGCCCAACUGGUUAUGCAUUUCCAUUGGACUUGGAUAGGAAUUAUCAGUUCUGAUGAUGACUAUGGACAACUAGGAAGUGAAAGCCUUAGAAAGUAUGUAAUGCUUGCUGGUGGUUGUAUUGAGUUCAUGGAAACCAUACCACAAAGCUAUGACCGAAAAAAACUUUUUCAAAUAAUUCAGAUUAUAAAAAGGUCAACAACAAAAGUAAUUGUUCUAUAUGUUAGUAAGAAAAACACAAUUCCAAUCUUGCAAGAAUUUGCUGCGCACAACAUUACUAAUAAAGUAUGGAUUAUUAGCAAUUCAUGUUUAACUGCUACAGAUGCACUAAAUAAAAAUAUGCAGGAAACAAUCAAUGGCACCAUUGGUCUUUCUUAUCACCUGGCUGUAAUGGAUGGAUUCCUUGACUUUGUUAAUCAUCUCCAACCAUCCAUAUAUCCAGAUGACAUUUUCAUUAAAUCCUUCUGGGAGAAGGCAUUUGGAUGUAAAUGGCCUACAAAUGAUACAAUGAUAGGAGGCAUAGAAAUUACCAGUGGAAUAAAGGUCUGCACCGGUUUGGAAAUGAUAGACAAACCUGAUGUGUCUGUAUUUGACAGUUCUACUUCUGCUCUUGCCAGCCGUACCUACAAUGCAAUUUAUGCUUUGGCAAAUGCUUUGCAUGAUAUGAUCUCUUGCAAGCAUCUAAAGGGACCAUUUUUUAAUAGAACCUGUGCAAACACUUCUAAGUUUGAGCCAUGGAAGCUCCUUCAUUAUGUCAGAAAUGUUCAUUUCAAAACCAAAGGUGGUGAAGAGGUAUUUUUUGACAUGAAUGGAGACCCCCCAGCACUAUAUGACAUCGUAAAUCAGCAGAUAUCUGCUAAUGGUUUGUUUGCGUGUGUGAAAAUCGGUAUGGCUGACUCACGGGCUCCUGCUGGGAAGGAGAUUGUCAUUAAUGAGACGGCUAUCAGGUGGAAUGGAGCUUUCAAAGAAGUACCACAUUCUGUAUGUAGUAAGAGCUGUUCUCCUGGCUAUCGAAAAUCCCCUCAAAGAGGUCAGCCAGUAUGCUGUUUUGACUGCAUUCUGUGCUCAGAAGGAGAAAUUACUAAUCAAACUGAUCUUGCUGUUUGCAUAAAGUGCCCUGAAGAUCACUGGUCCAGCUAUAAACAUGAAAGAUGUUUCCCUCGAUUUACAGAAUUUCUUUCUAAUGAUGACUCCCUGGGUGUCAUAUUCACUGCAAUAUCUACUUGUUGUUGCUUAGUUACUAUCUCUGUGCUGUGCUUAUUCGUCAGAUAUCAUGAUACUCCAAUCGUGAAGGCCAACAAUCGUGAACUCAGUUACCUUCUUCUGCUCUCCCUCAUGUUAUGCUUUCUCAGUUCCUUGAUAUUCAUUGGCAGGCCUACUGCAGUAACCUGUAUGCUCCGACAAGUUGUCUUUAGCACUGUGUUUUGCUUCUGCAUUGCAUGUGUGCUUGCAAAAUCUAUUACGGUGGUGAUUGCUUUCAAUGCCACUAAACCAGAAAGCAAACUAAGGAAAUGGAUGGGGCCCAGAACUGCUGCUUAUGUACUCCUUCUUAGUCUACUUAUCCAGGUUAUCAUAGGUGUGAUCUGGUUGGCUACUGCACCACCAUUUGUAGAAAAUAACAUGAAAUCUACCAAGGAUAAGAUUGUAAUUGAAUGCAAUGAAGGUUCAGGGAUCAUGUUUUAUUGCAUGCUUGGAUACCUUGGAAUUUUAGGGAGUAUAUGCUUCAUAGUAGCUUUUUUAGCAAGAAAAUUGCCAGAUAGUUUUAAUGAAGCCAAAUAUAUUACAUUCAGCAUGUUCUCGUUCACUGCAGUAUGGGUUUCAUUUGUACCAGCAUAUCUCAGUGUAAAAGGAAUGUACUCAGUUUCUGUGGAGAUAUUUGCCAUUUUGUCAUCCAGUGCAGGACUGCUUUGCUGUAUAUUUCUUCCAAAGUGCUACAUUAUUCUUUUAAGACCUGAUGUGAAUACAAGAGCAUACCUAAUGCAAAGAAGAAAUGUAAAUGCCUAG